AGAGAGGAGGACGGAGAGAGAGAGAGAGAGAGGAGAAGAGAGAGAGAGAGAGAGAGAGAGAGAGAGAGAGAGAGAGAGCAGAGAGAGAGAGAGAGAAGAGAGAGAGAGAGAGAGAGAGAGAGAGAGAGAGAGAGAGAAGAGAGAGAG